CAACAACAGCAGUUUAGAGUCAAUGUUUCGUUUUCAUCCACAGAGAAAUUUGUCAAAUGUCAAGAAAUCAACUAUGGCUGGACGCCUGUCGAAAUUCAUCCGUCAAUUUGAAAUCGGAAUGCGGUGUUGUGCUACUGGAUGUGGAAGAUUUAGCAAAAGAUGGAAUUAAUCGUCUCCUAGCAUUGUUGGUUGGCUACGAGCUCAGUCAUCUCAAAAUAUUUAAUGGGACUGAUUUACAAUGCGAAAUCACUUUGCCCGAAAUGGCUGUCGCCAUUUGUACGUUCAACAUUGAUGGAUCUCCCCCAGGCAUUGCUGUUGGAGCUGGCUCAUCCUUGUACAUCUAUAAAAAUUUCAAACCGUAUUACAAGUAUAACAUACCUCAUGGGGGACCCAAUUACACGGAACAGGUGGAAAUCACUCAACUAGCUGCUUUAUCACGCUCUACACCAGAUGUUUCAUGUUCAUCAUUGCUGUUAGUAGGCACUGGACACAAUUCACUCUUGAUUAUCGAUCCUCAAACGUUCAACGCCAUCAGUAGAAUAGAACUUGCGGAUGUACCAACGUCUAUCAAAAGCAGCGGGUACUAUGACAUGGAAGCUAUUAUAUUGGUCGGCACACCGGACGCGGGCGUCUUCAUACUGCGCUCCGAUCAGAAGCCUUUACAACCCAAACCGUUUUUACCCCCUAGAUCACCGAUAGUGGAAAUAGCGUUUAAUGGAACUACAAUUGCCAUCGCUACCAGUGAUUACACUAUUAGAUAUUACACAUUGCAGGGACAAGAGUUACGCAAAAUUGUCGUUGACACUUUUAUAUUGGCAAUUGCGUGGAUCCAACCGACGAAUCAGGAUCUUUGCCUUUUGGCUGUAUCACUUUCAAAUGGACAAGUUCAUUUCUAUAGGCAAGGUAUUCUUAUAGAGCAGUUGCAUUUCAAAACGUCUAUCGUCUCGAUGACAUUUGGACGAUAUGGAAGGGAAGACGGUACUUUAGUUAUGGUUUCCAAAGAUGGUGAGCUGUUUGUGAAAAUUCUUAAUCGUGGGUAUAAAAUGGCCCAGCAAACCGACUUGAAUGUUAGCAGUAAACCAUCAAUCUCCAUUUGCAAGAGAAAAGCUCUUGGGCCAGCAAAAACGAAGCUAUUUGUUGAUCAGACGAUGCGGGAGAAAGAAGAUCCAGCUAAAAUGUAUCAGCUCUUUCAAGAAGGAAUGUGCCGCUUACAUCUAAGAGCUUUACGCGAGUGGUUGAAUUUUUCAUCGAGUGCAAAAGCUGAUGUAGAACAGCUCGCACCUGUACCUGAAGAAAGCCGUUGCCUACACCUUGUUGCAAAAUUAUUAGGUACUGGAUCUCGCUUUAUGUUGCAUCUCUUACUGCAGAAUAUCAGCGAUCAAGUGAUUGAUAGCCUUACAGUCAUGCUGCAAAUCACUGAUGGCAAACUUGUACUCGAACGAUCUUCUGCAAAGAUUUCGUUAAUGCUGCCCGCGGCUCAGCAUUGGAUCAAAAUUAAUGUCAAAGAUCCCACAAAUCAGGGAGGUGAAGUUUCUGUGAUUGUAAGGAAAGAGGCGGAGCCCGAUUUUGAGCUCACUAUCUGGGGAUCUAUUGUGUGUACUGCUAAAAUCAAUAUUUCACCAACCAUAUGAAUGGAUUUCCAGUUCAUGAUUAAAGAACGUGGUAAGUAUUUUUCAACAGGUA